AACGUGUUGCUUUUUCUCUUAUUCAUCAAAUUCAUUCAAGAUCUUUUAUAGCAGUUUCUCCGAUAAUUGUUGGAUAGCAUUGAGAUAGUCAUCUGUGUUUUGUUCUUCGGAGAGAGGAAUCUCAGGUGGUAGGUUCGGAGUCUAUGCUAAGAAUAAAUCCACGAUGCCACAUGCCAGGCGUGUUGUAUAUCUAGUACUCGAUGCUAGACAGCUGUAACUCGUGAUCCAUUGAUGCGCACAAUUGAAUUUCCUCUCUCGAGAUACGUCGUCGCAUCUCGCUCACACGGCGGGUGGUGUUCGUCGGCAAUAUUUAUCUCAACCCCGUUGCAUGUUGGCCUGCUCGCGCGACUGGUUUCACGACGAAAGAAAGCACGUGGAAGAGUUAACGCCAUGCGAGUAAGCGCUCAAAGGACCGUGCACGUGUUGCACAAUUCGGAGCAACCGGCCUCGGUGUUCGCCCUCCUCGAAUCCGGCAGCAAAGUGGUGCCACUGAUAGCCGACGGCCUGUUCGACUUAUUGAUGAUGAAAAUGACGAACAUCUACACCAGUAAAAAGCAAACGAAGAUCGAGUCGAAGGGGCCGCGAUUCGAGAUCGGCGACUUCUGCGUCAAAUUGGGCAGCGUAACGAUGAGCCAGAAUUUCAAAGGCGUUCUAGUAGAAGUCGAGUACAGACCGUGCGUCGUGCCGGCGAGCGCGUGGGAACUCAUACGCGAGUUUCUGCAGGGAUUCCUGGGCUCUACCGUGUCCAAUCAAGCGCCCCAGUACUUGCAGAACCGGAUGAACGAAAUUUAUCAACCGAUGGACACGAUACAGCAGUAUCUGGAACACUUCGGUCAAUACAGGAAAGCCACAGGAGUGAUUUAAGGGGGGCCAUAGUGGAGACUUGGGCCGCAUUAUUUAUUUUACGAUGUGACGUUAACGGCGAGAUCGAUCGGACACUUUAUCGAUCCCGCUAAUAUUAUAUUAUGGUUUGCGUGUAUAUCUGUAACGAUAUUACUCCCCGCGUAUAUUAUUUUAUUAUUCAUGUUAGUUUAUUUUUAUCGCUAAGUAGAUUUGUAUUAUAUAUUAUACUUAAAUAAUGAUACAUUGAUUUUUUUCAGGAUAGUAUUUUGUAUGCAAAAUGAUCUCAAAGUAAAUGUUUUCUUAAAAUAAUCGCUAGGUUUUUGACAUAAAAAUUCGUGGCCCUUUUUUUAUUUUUACAUUCUUUGCGCUCCGAAUUAUGUUUCAUAAACGAACAAAGAUUAAAUAUUCUUUUCUCGAUAUUUAAUAUAAUUUGCAAUGAGUAUGAAAUAAUGACAAUAAAAAUAGCCAAACACUUUAGAUGUUCACACGUAAUAAAAAUAUAUAUUCUAUAAAAGAAUUAUAUAAGCAUUUCGAUUCUUUGGAUCGAAACUUUGGACCAUCUUCAGUAUCAAUGAUUAACUAUCGAGAGUAUUAAAUUAUAGAUCGGUAUUGUACAUUAUUGAUUUGAUAGAUUAGCCGAAUGCGAUUGCAUCCAAUAUGUUUCGUUCUUCAUCAACAUUAUUUCAUAUUUAUUAUCAUUUAUUUCACUUGAGCCAAUUUCCUACAAUUUUUAAUGUAACUUAUUUUCUAACAUACGAUUUACUUACUUGGUAUCACUUGGUGUUUCGGGAUACGUAAAGAUUCCAAAAAUGCAUAUACAUUAUAUGUGUGCAAGCCAGUGACCGGACGCAAUGCGCCAUCUGCAAGAGAUACGAGAAAAUGCUUACUGAGUAACUUUAUACGAUCGGUAAUAAAAUUAUUGACAGAGGUAUAAUUAUCUAUUGCUAGUAAAAAGAGCACUCACAUUAUAAAGUUGUAAAAAUACGCAGAAUCUAAAACCACGGUAUAAGACGUUAUUAAGCCUACUUUAAAAAUGUAUUUUAAAUGUAUAUUUUAGAUGUCUGAAAGAUGUCUUAUAAUCCAGUUUUAGACUUUGUAUUAUUUGAGAAAUUUGGUGUCCAACAGAUUUAUAUUUGUCAAUCAUAGUUAAACGCGCUAUUCUUAUUCGUCAGUUAAAGCAGAUAAUGAAUUGCUCUCUGACGUGUAAUAUAUGUAGAUUCUCAUUGCAUAAUACUUAUUUAAUUAAUGAGGAAAUAACAUUACGAAUUAAAUCAAAUCUUUUACAUAUAUUAAUGAAACUCUGAUAAAAAUUUAUGAAAAAGUUUAUUUGGAUUCACAUACGCGUUUAAAAGUUAUUUACUUAAAACCGCAAUAAAAUAAAAUUAUUUUUGCUGUACAAACCUAAGAUUCUGCGCACAAUAGAGGAACAUUAGAUAUUAAGAAUAGAAUUACAAUAAAAGACACCGAAGUGUAGUACUCUCAAAUUGUCAAGUAAUCGACUAUUAAUGGGCUAAUAAGAGUAACCACAGUUGUUGAUGCGUAGAAAUAACAAUUUUAUUAAUUUAAAAACGGACGUUUUGACUCAGCUUCCCAUGAUAAUUGUUCGUGGGCCUUAACCGGUGAAUUGCCCAGCCGAGGAGCAUCUCGCAAAAGCAAAUGUAUGUAACUGCGCUCAAGAGAGAAGGAACUGUAGCUGAAGAUGACUCGAACCUGAAUCGAAACGUUCAUUUUUAAAUUAAUAAAAUUGUUAAUUCUACGCACCAACAACCACGGUUACUUAUUAGGCCAUUAAUAGUUUAGGAAUAGAAAUUAGAAUUUUAGAAUCAGUUCCUGAAUAAAUACUGUAGAUGAUAAGUUAAUAAUAAGAUAAUAAAAUAAAUUGUGUUGUGCAGAAAGAAAAAUUUUUCGCUGUUACAACUAACCAUGGCUUGCUAAGGCUGUAUUUGCUGUCGCAACUAUAAAUUUAUGAACUACAGCAAAACGAUUUGCUGUUGUUCCUAAUACAUUAGUAAAGUAGCAAAACAUGCAUGUCUAUCAGAAUCACAUCGUAUAGCAACAUAAAAAUUUUAGUUAUUGGAACUAACCGAUAUGUCAGUGAUACGUAGAUAAUACACUUGGUAGCUAAUUAAUGUAGUUAUCUAGAAUAACUUUUAGCUACAGAGUAUAUUUUGGAUAUAGCAAAUAUUUUCUGUAACUAAAUUCUUUCAACUAAAAUCAGAUAAGUUAUUAUUAGCUAUUCAUAUAUCACGACGUAAUUUAAUUGCCAUACGCAGUUUUUAGCUCAGCUACUUUUUUCCGUGUUUUUUUUUCGUAUAACACAUUGAUGUAUCUUAUUAAUAUUUAUUGUGCGUUACAUUCAAUAUUCAUAUCCAUUGUACGCAGAGCCUAAGUUAAAUUUUUUAUUUUUAUCUUUUUGUUUUAUUCUCUGCAGUAGGCUUCAAGACCAAAAUUCGGGUAGUCACCAAAAUUUCUCCAAAGACAAAUGAAAGAUUCUUGAUCAAAAUUUUCUCUCGUUAAUUGAGAAAAAAAAGAACAAACCUAAUCCAAGUAACACACAUUGAUUCAUAUAAAUUUUAUAUAGGUUUCCUGAACGUGUCGUCGAAGGUUUUGAAAACGAUUAUAAAAUCAGUUGUAUUACUUGGUAAGAAGUCUGCAGUUUUUUAAAUUUUGAUAACCUGAUUUUGAUUCUUAAGAAAGGCUACAACUUGCCCGACGAUUUAAUAAUUCAUUUAUUCACGAUGAUAUUGCGCAAUUGGAACGCUUUUAAUCAAUUUAUAAUCAAGCGAUGUAGAACAGCCGCUCGCACAAGGCUGUUCAAAGGUCCGCCUUGGAAGUGUCAUGAAUUAAGUAAAUCAAUUAGGUGACUUUGAAAUUUUUCUCAUAUUCAACGAUUCUAUCCAUAACAAAGAUAAGCAUCGUGACCAAAUCUCAAGAAGCGCUACGAUCAAAGAUCAGAAAUUAAAGAAAGAUCUUAUUUGCAAUCUUUCGUUCACAAAAUCUCUAUUGAAUAUUUCUUUUCUCUUUUUUUCCAGUAUUAUUUAACACUGUUCAAGUACCACUUUAAAAUGUUAUAUCAUGAAUUAAGAACAUUUGAUUAAAAAAUCAAUUAUCAGCGCCCAUGCUAAUUAUUUUUUUUCGAAAUAUAACGCAAGCUGAAUUUUCCUGCUAUCACGUGUUAUUACAAUAUACAUAUUAAUAACACGUUAUCUGUUUAUACAUAUAUGUACACAUAUGCAUGUGUCAUUAUUAUUAUACAUAUAUAUAUGAUUAUGAUAAGCAUCGAGGCGAUACUAUACAUAGGCGAUGAUUAUAUAAAGAAUUCUGUCAUAAAUUACAGAUUAUGUAAAGUGAACUUAAGGAUCACGCCACACUCAUAAAAAAAAAAAAAACGGAAAAUGGAAAA